AUGCCUUCUCCUCCCCCAUCAUCAGAAGAAGCGGCCCGCCGACAAGCCGAAGCGCGGGCGGCCGUCACCGCCUCCCUCACCAGCGUCGGCGUCUCAGUCGACAACGAGAUGCGCACGCGGACAGCCGACCUGCACGCCAACUCGGCAGCCAUAUCGAAGCAGGAAAAGGAUCUCGCAAAACAGACGGCUGCGCUGGCCAAACAAACGGCCGAGUGGGAUAAAUUAUUGCAAGGAGGCACCAAGAAGUUGAAUGAGGUAGGGGACAUGCAGAACUGGGCGGAAAUGAUCGAGCGGGACCUGCUGGUCUUGGAGGAAACUGUAAGGCUUGUGGAUGAGAAAGGCAAGGGAAAGCCGGCUCGAGAGCAGUCGGCUAGCGGAACGUGGUGGUAG